CGCGCGCAGCCACGCUGAAUUAAUGUGCCCUUGAUUGAAGUCUUACUUUAUUGUAUGAGUACUUAUGUCAUUUGCGUUUCACGUAAUAUUUUUAUUUAUUAUAAUCUUAUUUGUUCCUUAAUUCAUAUAAAGAAUGCAAUAAGCAUAUAUUGUGGCACUUAGGUAUAUUUCCAACUUAUUCAACGUAAUAUAUAAAAAUAGUAAUAUUGUUAAAAUUAUUAGGUAAAUUUAAUUUUGCAUAAGUUCAUUAAUAAAUUUAAUUAACAUCUUUUGAGAAUAAACGAUCUCAGAAAAUAAUUCCAAAAGUCUAUCUUAAAAAUGUAUAAACAUCGAUAUUAAACCGUCAAACUUUAUUGUUUUCGUUUCUGGUAUACAAAUAAUCGGAUAAUCUUAAAGUAAACAAAUACGAUAUCGCGGACCGCGUUCCCCUUCUGUCGGCGUUUAUACUUGCGCGGGAGCAUAAGGACUUCUUUAUACUCGGAGCGCGCGAGUCGGUCGCACGCGCGCUGUCACCGCGACAUUUGACUGUUCUUCUGUCUGUAGUCUGUGACCAUGAGCUGGGAGCAGGAUAAGCUGGAGAUCAAUGAGGCUGUAGGCCGACUGAUGAGGAACCUCAACUAUGACAAAAUAGUCCCUCGCCCAACAAGAGGAGGAGGAGGACUACACCGACGGGAGCACGUGAAGCGGCCAAUGAAUGCGUUCAUGGUGUUCGCGCAGGCCAUGCGUCGGCGGCUGUCGGAGGAGCGGCCUUCGCUGCACAAUGCCGAGCUCAGCAAGUUCCUGGGAAUCAUGUGGAAAAGCCUAACAGAUGAGCAGAAGAUGCCGUUUGUCAAGGAAGCAGAGAAGCUGCGCGCUCAACACAAGAGGGAGUACCCCGACUACAAGUACCAGCCGCGACGCCGCAAGCCGCCGCCUGCCACCAACACGAGGCUGAAGAGAGAGCCCUCGCCCGACCGUGACCAAAUAGACUUCGCUGGCAUGCCCGAGCUCUCCCCCGCACUCCUCGAUGGCCCUCCAGAUGGAGCCGAAUUGGACCAAUACUUAAAACCCACCUCGGUGCCAGAAUACCACGAACUCCAACCGAGGUACACUCACAGCCUACCGCACCAACCCCCACCGCCACUGUACGCCCCAGUACCUCCACACAUUCACCCGUCGUGCACAGACUGGCCGCACUAUGUUAGCCAUCCCUGAAAUCUUAUUUUAUUUUUAACCUUCAGGAAGUUUCGUAGAACUCAAAAUUUAUAGCCGCCUGUUUUUUGCGACAUCAAAAUAGGUCAUCUAAUCUUUGUAAAUAAACUACCGCCAUGUGGCCUAAAGGACAUUAGGCGCACGUGCGGUUAAUCAAAAACAAACACAAGUUGAAAUUUUAAUAGGAAUUAGAUACGGAAGCAUCGAGCAAAGUUAUCAUGACAAAAAUAUUGUGAAAUUUUAACUCAUGGAUAUGGAGCCUAUUUUAUUAUUAAGAUAAUCUAGUAAAUAGUUAUCUACUUAUUAGGCUGCACAUUCAGCUGAAAAUUCUUUUGUUUAGUUAUAUUAAGUAAGUACCUACACUUAUUUUAAAAUCUAGUGAUUAGUAAAUAGUUAAUAGUUCGUAAAAUUCCUCAUGUUCCAAUCCAAAGUUAAUUAAGACAGAACAUCAGGUACAAUGAAGGUUAAGUUAUUAUUUUGUGAAUAAGUUUCAUAAGCAGGAACAAUGAAUGUUAUUUAAUUUCUCUGUUUUUGAUAUGUUAAUUUCUAAUUUGUAAAUAAAUCUCAAAUGUAUAUUGUUAUUACAUUAUAAGGUACAUAGGUAUCACAGCGUGUAUGGUAGGUACACUGAGUUUAUUUGAGAUAUUGUUCACGUUAUUGCUAGUAGAAUCAAAAGCACAUGGUCAUUUGUCUAUUAUUCUUCGAAUUAUCUCACAUGAGCCAAUUUAUAGAAUGAUAGAAGGUAAUGAUUUUUAAAUUAAGACUAAAGUGGUCUGAGAAGAAAUACUUUUCGUGCCACGUGCCACACACACGGAGCAAUUUAAGUAUGCACUUUCUCUAUUUGUGGAUGUCCAGAAUCCCGAAAUUCUCAAGGCAGCGAGGACGCAGGACACUACUUUUAGAAAUAAUAGAAUAAUAUCGCAACUGACCAUAUUUUGUGGCUGGGGUCGGAUUAGGUUUAUGCCUACACCGUGUACCCUAAUACCUACCGAAUAUUAUAAAUUUAUAUUUUAAGUAACAUAUUCUUAAAAAUUAUCUAAAUAAAAUCACUGCGAGCUA